AUGGAUCGGAAUUCCAGCGCACAAAGUCGCGGUAGUGCACCAAGCAAUUUUUAUUCAAUAUCACGGACUCCAUCCCCUUCUAGCGGUUCGAGCUCGCGAGUAAGUUCAGUUGGUCGGUCGUCAUCUUCUGUCCGAUCCAGCGGAUCUACGCCCCUAUCCUCACGAGAAACAGCGCAGCAGUUGAUCACUGGCCUUGCUGCCUGCCAGAGGUCGAUCGAGGAACUGCUUCAGACCGUGCGAAGCUCAAACGAGCGGGUUGAAGAACUGGCCAAAAAAGUAAAAAUCCUAGACGGCAAGGUAGAAAAGCUUUCUUCCCAUCCCGUAGAUGGAACCGAGAGUGGUUCUGAUGGACGAGGGAAAAAGAGAAAGAGAACAAAAUCGUCUCUUCUUGUUCAGGUGAGUUUAAAAAUUUUGACUGAAAAACCUUGGAUUGCUGUUGUGGUACCCUCUGCUAAGUUGGCGUCAUUUUGAAACGAUCGAACAACGAUGUAUAUUUCUCUCAUUGAAGACUACACCCUGAUGGUAAUUUUCUCAUUUACAUCAGUUACAUGAUAUCGUUCAAAAUCUCAGUUAAGCUUAAUGAAUACAUGUCACUCGCUGGUUAACUUUUUAAUUUUAAAAGCUUAAGGGAAGCUGCUUGCUCUGACUUUUCAGUCGUUCUGUUGAUCGAGGUGAGAAAUUUUCAUGUAAGUGUGAUUAAAGCUUACAAGCUUUUGUCUUGGUACCGCUCAAUUUAGGUCACUUAGAUUUCAUUUAGUUUGUGGAGUUUUCAUGAGAGGCUGAACACAACCUGUUUGUGACGUGAGUUACUUGCUUUACCGUGAAAAUGGAAGUUUAUAAUGAUGCACUGAUUGCGACAGUAUUCAAAUUUGUGUAAUAGGAAGAGGUUCACAAGCGCCACAAUAGUAGAGACCCCGCAAGGCAAUACAGAGGAAGGGAAUCGUGAGUAAAAAUUAAACUGUGCACUUGUUUAGAAUUUAAAUUCUGAUAACGACCUAGUGCAUGUAUAUCUAUUUCCAACUCGCAUGAAAUUGUAUAUGAUUCACGUAAUGUCAGCGCGAAGACAAAGCUACACGCGGAACUCUGUGAUUUUGUUGGCAACGUUUUGCCGCCAUCUUUCCUAUUUGAGGAAGGACUUUGAGCUUGCCGCCUAAGUAUUUCGUAUAACAAUAGGGGCCCGUUUCCGAAAGUUUCAAUCAACUUGUGCGCGCGAAAAUAUUUGGACCCGGUGAGUUCUCGGGACUUUUUUAGGUCCCGGCAGAAGAAUCACUCAUGGCAAGCUUUCUUGGGUGAGAGUUAUUCCCGCUAAAUAAUCAUUUGCGCAUCGAGACAUCUGAUUUCUCCCUUAUCACUGAGGACGAAUUAUGAAGAGAUUUUUAGGUUAAUGGUAGGGAGAAACGACUCUAAACAAUUAAAACUAGGUCGCGUUCUCAUGACGUGCAAUUAGAUCUGGCAAGCUGAACUAGUUCGAGACACUUUCAGCAUGUAGUUGACAGAAAGCUCAAAAGUACCAUACAUGUAGGUUCCUGUUAUUUGCCUCGCGUUCAGAUCGUAUAAUACUAAGACGAACACUGUAACUGCUGUACCUCUGCACCAUUUCCCCGCGCGUUCAUAGGAAGGAAGCUGUUGACCAAAGGCCAUGUUCACCAAUUUUCCUGGUUUUCGCGCGCUGCCAACUUUGCUACAACUUGGCGGGGAUUUUGCUAAUUGAACAUCAGAUUUUGGGGGAUUUUGAAAGUAUUCUAAGUCGAUCGGCAAUGUUCGAAAGAAAUUUGAGGGCUAGAAAACCCGAAAUAAGGAAAGAAGUCAAAUCAAAAUUGUGCAACGGAAAUCAACUGGUAAUUAAAAUUUAUCAUGCAGGUUUCAGGGUAAUUCUUUUUUGUGGGACUGAUAUAAUCUAAUUAAGACCCCGUCCACACUACACCGGAGAAAUUUGAAAACGGACUUUUUACUCUGAAAGCGCAUCAAAUGUUCUCCGUUCACAUUCCGCCGGAGAAAUUUGAAAACGCAACAAUCACCGGCGACGAAAACGCUUGAGUGCAUCCUUGAGGGUUAGGAUUAAUCACAAGAUUAUCGUGAAGUCAUUGUUUUCGAAAAGCUCCGUUUUUAAAAUGUUCUCUUUCCACACUAAAACACAAGGCCAAAUUCCUUCAGUUUGAAAGCGUUUUCGGAAAGCUCCGUCUUCGUCUCCGGAUUAGUGUGGACGGUAGGCUUAACCGUGGAAUGAAGCUACGUUUUCAAAUUUCUCCGACGCAGUAUGGACGGGGCCUAAGGCAGGCUUGAAGACCCAUGAGCACUUUUUCUCAUAUGUAGACUUGGACCCAUACAUUUAACCCAAGUUUAAGAGUGAAUAAUUAAAGGCACUAAGAAAUAUUUUCAACGAGAUGCAGAGGCCUAAAUAUUUUGUAUAUUUUCUCCCUGUCAGGGUCACCAGCCCUCACAACACAAAGGUAAUUCAGCUGAUUGUUGAUGAACUUUGCCGCCAAGGCCACCGAAGUGGAUUUGGUAAAGCUGCUGUACAACGUAAGUUUACUAUAUAAGCAAUUUAAAACUAGAGGACACCACUGCAACCAAGAUUUAUUGUCCAUAACAGAUAAUCAGGCCCCAAUCACGCAAUUUUGAAAUUAAAGCCUUUUUUGUUUUGUUCAGGAACUGCCAAAAAGUAUCAUGAGCACUUACGGAGGACUGCCCUUGGAAAAAUAACGGAUGAAAUAAAAUUGAAAAAUAAGAAAAAUCUUCGAAAAGAACGAGUAAGUAUACAGUUAAUAUGCAUUAAAAUAACUUAAAUGAUACAUUUUGAAUGAUGCAAUGAAAGUUAGUUGAAAAGUACUAAAAAGCAAAUUUUUCUUUAUCUCAUAGAAAUAUGAGAGAAGAAAAGCGCCUGUCAAGGAUGAGACUGAGUCCCGUGCCUUCGCAAAGUUAAGUAAAGAGCACAUGUCUAGUGACGAUGAUGACACAGAUACUGAUGAAGGCGAAGGAGGAUGGGUGUCUAGGCCCCCAAAAUACAGGAGCAAAACUCUUGAAGCUUUCCUGAACAAGUAAGAAGCAUACUAAAGGUUUAGUCCUUUACUGAUAUUUCUAAUAGCAAGGUAGAUGGAAAUGUUUCUAUCCUUAAAAAUUGUCCAGUAUUGCCAGACUGUUCCUUGUUAUUGGCAAUGAUGGACUGUAAAUGUCAGGUAGGCUUUAAAGUCAGUUUAUUUGUUAGUCACCUAUUAGCGCUUUUUUGCCCGGUUUUUUUUAAGGGUUGGAUUUACUGCACGGUUUCAGUCAAGUCAACGGCAUCUUCUAAUUAUAAUAUUGUUAUUGUCUUGACAAGCGCAGCGAAAAGACAGAAAACGCAACAAACAAAAGGUGGAAACGAACAAAGGCUCGUAAAGGGGAGCCUGUAGAAAGAGAGCCACCCACAGGUUCUCCUAAAUGGGCGCUGUCCGAUGAAUGGAGGGAAAUCAUGCAAAGGAGAGAGCAGGAACAAACGGAAAUGUAA